GAGAAUCCAACCAAAGAACCUUUUGGUGUGAGUGGAUAACGCAAACCGCUGCGACAUACACAAAUACAGAGAAAUCCUUCUUAUUUGGCAAUGGUUUACAAUCUUGUGAAAAGAAAAUAUUAGAUCUUGUUUUAUCUUGAACUGGAUACCUUCGACAGUGUAAACAUUCUAUAUCGGAAAAUAGUCAAACUGUAUGACGCUGCCCCUUUAAAUGAAGGUGGGCACUUCUCUACGCAUUCUACUUCCUGCGAUAUCUGAAAAUGAAACACAAAAGCUUGUUGAAGCGUGCAGUUGGUACUACGUAUUUAAGUCUAUUUGCUUAAAAGUGUGCUGAUGUGGUGUUAUAGGCACUAUUUUUACAGGCCCUGCAUUAUCAGGAGUUAAAACAAAACAGCAAAGAAAAAAAAAACUGUCUUGAAUGAAGACAAGCUUAUCCCAAUAAAUACAUAGUGAAUUGCCUGUUAAGUGAUAUGGUUCUAAAAUCCCAAGGACUAUAGCUGGGGCACAUAAGGCAGAAAACACCUUGGAAAAGGCUGAGAUGCAGACUUUGCGUACUACAAAUGGGAGAGCAGAGCAGUGUUGUGGGGAACACAGACAGAGACUAGAAUUAUUCUGUCAGGAAGAUGAGACUUUUAUUUGUGUCCUGUGUGUCCCCAAACAUUCCAGCCACAGUUUUGUGCGCUUGCAUGAGGCAGUCAGUGUGUAUAAGGGCAAGUUGAAAACCACUUUAACUUCUCUGGAAUCCAAACUGAAAGAUCUUACAUAUUUGAGAAAGAAGCAGGAGAAAGAACUUUUAGACAUACAAGAAGAUGCUUUCAGUUUGGAACAACACAUUACACAAGAAUUUGCAAAACUUCACCAGUUUCUCCAAGACAAGGAGCAAAAGCUUAUCCAGCAGCUUAAGAAUGAAGAAGCAGAAGUUCUGAAAAAGAUGGAAGAAGCUCUUGAGAGUAUUAACAAUGAUUCUGUUGUCACCUGCCUGACGGAUAACAGUUUGGACCUCAAGAAAGAUAAUGUGAGGACUUGGGAGGAAAUGGAAGAAAACAGUGACUGCAUUAAAAAUGAUGUAAUUGCCACCUGCGGGACAGAGUCUGGCGAUAAAUCAGAACUCGAGAAACAGGAGGAAACUUUCACUUCAUUAACAGUACCAGAAACCUUUGAUGAUAUUGCUGUCACUUUCACAAAAGAGGAGUGGAAGAUGUUAAGAAAACAAGAAAAGGAGCUUCACAGAGAAGUGAUGAUGCAAAAUUAUGAAACACUGGUUUCAGUAGGAUAUAAAGUCCCUGAGAAGCACUUGCUACUGCUGUUAAAAGCAGAUGAAUUACCAAAUGAAGAUUUGGAAUGGAAAAUACCAGAAAACAAAAUGAUAGUCUUUGAAGAUAACCUUGGCAGUAUCCAAAGCACAAAACAUGGUGUGAGUUGCAGUCAAAAGCCAUCAUCACUUGGGAUAUCUCAGUUACAACACCCAGAAGAGAAACUGAAGCAGUGCUGUCAGCCUGUGCCUCCUGUUCCACACCUUCCUUCUGGAAAUAAUUCCACCAAGAGCUCUGAAUGUGACAAAGGAACACCCCAGUUACAUCACCCAGCCGAGAGCUUACAACAGUAUGUACAGCCUGGGAAGGGUUAUGACAAUCUUCAUGUCACCCCUGUAGCACAUCUUCCUUCAGGAAAUAACUCCACCAAGAGCUCUGAAUGUGGCAGAGGAACACCUCAAUUACAUCACCCAGCUGAGAGCUUACAACUGUAUGUACAGCCUAGGAAGGGUUAUGACAGUUUUCAUGUCACUCCUUUACCACACCUUCCUUCAGGACAUAACUCCACCAAGAGCUCUGAAUGUGACAGUGGAACACCCCAGUUACAUCACCCAUCAGAGAACUCGCAGCCUGUGAAGGGUUACAACAAUCUUCAUGUCAGUCCUGCACUACAUCUUCCUUCAGGACACCCAGUAGAGAACUUACAGCAGCGUGUACAGUCUGUAAGGGGUUGCAACAAUUUUUAUGUCACUCCAGUAUCACACCUUCCUUCAGGACAUAACUCCAGCAAGAGCUCGGAAUGUGACAGUGGAACACCCCAGUUACAUCGCUCAACAGAGAAGUUCCAACAGUGUGUACGCCCUGUAAAGGGUUACAACAAGCUUCAUGUCACUCCUGUGCCACACCUUUCUUCAGGACAUAACUACAGCAAAAACUUGAAAUGUGACAAAGGAACUCCCCAGUUUCAUCACCCAUCUGAGAACCUGCAGCAGUGUGUUCAGCCUGUUAAGGGUUUUGACAAGACUUGUGUCACUUGUGUACCACAGAUUCACUCACAGCAGAACUGCAACAAAAGCUCUGAAUGUGUCAAUGGAAAGCCCAAGUUACAGCACCCAACACAGAACCUGCAGCAAUUUAUACAGUCUGUGAAGGGCUACAACAAGCUUAAUAUCACUUCUGUUACAAAGCUUCACGCAGGGAAUAACUGCAGCAAGAGCAUUAAAUGUGACCCAGGUUUUAACGCACAUCAAAGUCCAGUAGCAUGUCGGAAAGUUCGCAGAAGGCAAGAACCACACAAAUGUGCUGUAUGUAAUAAAGUUUUCGAAUAUCUCAGUUAUCUUCAGAGGCACAAUGUCAUACACACUGGGGAGAAACCAUUUAAAUGUACAGAAUGUGGUAAGGGCUUUUCACAAAAGGGGCACCUAAAAUACCAUCAGAAUGCACAUGCAGGGAACAGACCAUACAAAUGUGUGGAAUGUGACAAGUAUUUUGCGAGUAUUGGUAGCCUUCGACGGCAUCAUGGCCUUCACAUUGCAGGCACUGUGAAGAGCACUACUGGCUGACAUCAGAGAUUGAAACAAUGCUAAUUUCAUGAACUUUAAUCAUACUUUGACUUAGGAAUGGGGUCCAUUCCCUU